UGCUCCCCUCUAUCUCUGAGCUUUGUGUAUAUAAAGUGGUGCCUGUGGAUGUCGCCAUCCGCUGGGGACAGCACUCCGAAAUGCGAAAGAUGGCCGGAAUCGAGGGAAAAGGGUGACGGAGGGAAGAGGAGGAACAAGAGCGGGCAAAAAAAAAAGACCUCUAUCUGGAGAGACAGAAAGCAAAAACAGAGAAUCAUGUGUCAGAGGCAGCGCUGAAGUGAGAGAGAGAGAGAGAGAGAGAGAGCGGACGGACGAAGGACCAAGCGAGAGAGAGAGAGAGCGCGUCACCGCGAGAGCCGAUCUUGCCCUCCGUCUUUACACACUGCUGCCUGUGUGUGUGUGUGCGUCGUCUCUCCUGCACGCACACACACACACAGACACACACACAGACACACACAGUCACACGCACACACUCUCCCUCUCUCUCUGACACACACACACACACACACAGAACGAGGGAGAGGGAGCGUGAGAGAGAGAGAGAGAACACAUCGCAGCAGACAUGCAGCAGCGGGCCUUUGAGGUUUUGGCGCGAGGUCAUGGUGUCCCGGACAGAAGUCUGGGACCCUUUCCACGCGGGCACGCUCUUGUCACAGCUGAAUGAACAGCGGCUGGCCGGCCCCACCCCGUUCUGUGACAUCACGCUCAUCGCCGCCAACGACACCAAGUUCUCCGCACACAAGAGCGUACUAGCUGCUUGCAGUCCCUACUACCAACAGCUGCUGUCACCUUCUGCUCUGACACCUCCACCUCCCCCUCACCCCGUGGGUAGCCUCGGGAAGGACAGGGUGCUUGAGUUACCUCACCUUCAGCCGAAGGUACUGUCUGACCUACUGGACUACAUCUACACCUCUCGCGUCUCCCAGCGUUGCGCCAAGGGGACCAAGCGACUCUCUGAAGCAGGUCGUAGCCUGGGUGUGCCUUUCCUGGCUGGGCUAGUAGUGGGGGAGUCAAAUCAGAUGAAAAGCAAAAGCGGACUGGGCAAAAUCAACGGGAUGGAGGAAACGGACAAGGCGGAUGCCACCAAGAGUUCAAGAACGCCCCACUGUUUCCCCCUUGGCACGGUUUUCCCCAGCCUUGUACCAAAAAAGCACUGCACCUCCUCCCACUCGCCGUCCUCCUCCCCAGCCUACAUGACCAGUUCUGAGGAGUCCCAGUGGAAGAUGGCCGCCUCCGUGGACAGCCAGCUGCAUCGCCUCCACAAAAGGCCCGAGAGCUCCCCGUCCCCCACCUCGUCGUCUCCCAUCGACCUCACUGCACCUGCCAGGAAGGAUUCACGAUCCUCGCCGGCCUCUUCCAUGACCAGCGCUUCUCCACAAUUCCAGAGCCUUCCUCCAACGCCCCACCCCGGACAGCUGCUGGUCUAUCCAAAGAAGGGGAUGGGUGACAGCUUCCCUGCAGGCGUAGACUCUGAGCGCUCUACCGCAGAGACAGCGCAGAUUCUGUUCAACAUGAGCACUGCAGCCUUCCAGGGCCAUAGGCCCGCUGAGCCAGAGCAGUGUCCAAGUGAGAAACAGGGAAGACCGGUUAGCCCGUCCAUAGGAUCAGGCCUUCCUCAGCCUGACCCUGUGCCACAAUCCCCUUCUCCUCCUCCCAUGCCUCCUGGCUCCGACCAGACAGCGCCAAAGCCCGAGCUGCUGUGUGGGGUCUGCCACCGUCUAUUCAGCUCCGCUUCGUCCCUCACCGUCCACAUGAGGCUGCACCGGGGAGGGCGGGCGCUCAGCUGUCGGCACUGUGGCAAAGCCUUCAUCCACAACAAGAGGCUCCAGUCCCAUGAGGCCGUCUGCAGACAGGCUCCUCCCAUCCUACCCGUUCAGACAAAGCAAGAGCCGCUAGAAGAGGGGGAAGAGGAGGCAGCAGGAGGAGGAGAGACAGAGGAGCAGUCUGACCAAGGCCGCGUGGGGCCUGGACGACCGGUGAAGAAAGGACGGGGCUUCGUCGGGCGGCACCACCGUAGCUUUCCCCGGGUAGACCUACUCGCCGAGGAGGACCACUUUGUGAAAGUGGUGGAUGGACACAUCAUUUACUUCUGUGCUGUCUGCGAGCGUUCCUACAUGACACUCUCCAGCCUCAAGCGUCACUCCAAUGUUCACUCCUGGCGGCGCAAGUACCCCUGCCGCUUCUGCGACAAGGUCUUCGCCCUGGCUGAAUACCGCACCAAGCACGAGGUCUGGCAUACCGGUGAGCGCCGUUACCAGUGCAUCUUCUGCUGGGAGGCAUUCGCCACCUAUUAUAACCUCAAGACACAUCAGAAAGCCCUCCAUGGUAUCAGCCCUGGCCUCAUCUCCAGCGAGAAGACGGCCAAUGGUGGCUACAAGCAGAAGGCUAACGCUCUGAAGCUGUACCGCUUGCUGCCCAUGCGAUCCCAGAAGAGGCCUUACAAAACCUACAGUCAGACCCUUGCUGAUAGCCUAUUGUUGCCCCCUGACUCUGCUAUGCCUCUGCCUUUGCCCCUGGACUGCAGUCUACCCACCUCCCUGGGUCCGGAUGAGUUGCGCUCACUCAUGGGAGAUGACCAUAGACAGGGCUUGCAGCCUGACCCCACCAACUUCCCGUUCAGACUAGGCUCUGGGGGUUUGGAUCAAGGGGAAACCUCCAAGGUUUCCUCUGCUUCAUUGGAUAAGCCCGUAAGCGCGGCCGAGGAUGAGACAUCCAAGGAAGAGUCUGUGGGCAGCAGCAGCAACCUUGAAUUGCCUAAGGGGAACUCAGGCUCCAAAGCGGCGGUCUCCUCUGUUAUCACUUACGGACAUCCUAAGCCUUCGGUCAUUGUCCAUGGCACAGCUGUCUCCUCCUCUGUCAUCGUGCACAGCAACCAGAUAACCUCCGGGGUUGGCACAAACUUCCACAACAGCUCCUCCCCAGAACCCGCCAAUAGUCAGCUGUCCCCUAAGGCCACUCACCGACCCAUGAAAAAGCAUAUGUUGAAAGAAUACAUCCAGGCACAGAAGCAGGGCUUGUGGGAGGAAGACGGCUCAACUACCGCAGAGAAUCUCGGAAGCACAGAGGCGAUCGAUGAGGAAGAAAAGGGGAGGCACCCAAAGGGGCGCAAGGCACACAGCAAGAGCAUAACAUACAUGGCUAAGCCGGCCUGCAUGGCUGGCGUAUCCGAGGUGAGGGGCGUCGCUCCUCUUUGUCAGAUUACGGUGCGUAUCGGGGAGGAAGCCAUCGUCAAGAGAAGAAUCUCCGAAACGGACCUCAUGAGGGAUACAAGCCCUCCCCCGUCCACUAAAUCAAGAAAGACUGAUCUUGUUCCACAGGAUGCCGCCGAGCCCCAGCACGCACAUCACCACCACCACCGGCACAGGCAUCGCCCGCACCGCGACGCCAGCAAGCAUCUGGAGGUGGAGACCAAGAAGAAAACCCCAAAACCCCCCAAAUCCCCCAGCAAAGUCCGAGAGUACUACUUCCGUCAGGAGGUACGCGAGGAGGACAGUGACCAGGAUACGGAGGAUAACCUGUGGCGACCAUAUUACACCUACAAGCCUAAGCGCAAGACGCUUCAUGUGCAGAGGGUGAAGAAGUCCUCCUGGCACCGCAAACUGCGAUACAAGCGCUCUCUUAGACUGAUGAAGAGAGCAGAAAAAAUCAUGGACCACAGCAUCAAAGAGGAGGAUGAGGAAAAGGAUGAUGAGGACGAUGAGGAUGAGGAUGAGGAUGAUGAGGAUGAGGAGGAUGAGGAGGGGGUGGAGGACGAGGAGAAUGAGGGAAUGAGGAAGGAAGGAGUAGAGAACAGGCACUCUGUUGAUAUUACAAAUGGCAGUCCGAUAUCCACUAAUGAGCAGCAAGGUUGGGACACAAAAAAUAAAAAGUCAGAUUGUGGACUCAGCCCAGCUUUAAGCCCCGCCCAGGUCUUCCCAAAAGCAUCCUGUCCUUCUCCAAUCAGACAGGACAGGCACGAGCUGAUGGGGCACUCACCCGAGUGUGGGACCUGUGGGCGGCGGUUUUCCACCACUCGCAAGAGGGACAAGCAUGAGCUGACACACCUUCUGGAGUUUGUGUGUUUAAUCUGUCGAGAAACCUUCUCAUCCCAGGCCCGGCUGGAGAAGCACCAGAGGGUCCAGCACAUUGCCCCUGAGCAGUCGUCCUCCGCAUUGCAAAACCGGGACUUGGACCCAGAGAUGGAGAUAGAGAGGGUUGAGCAAGAAAAGGGCAGCCCGGGGCGCGCGGGCAGAAGGCCUUCUGUAAGGCACGUGUGUCCGCACUGCUCUAAGGUGUGCAAGACCGCCGCUGCACUGGGGCGCCAUGCCAAACUCCAUGAGUCAGGCAGUCCUGCUGCAGAGGAAGAUUCCGAAUGUGGGGCCCUUGCUCCAGAAAAGGAAAUGCCACCACCGGGGACUACUGACUCGGACGUGAGGACAGAAUAUGCUCAGUCCAUUCCAGUUAUCAGCUACCCUGCAUCAGUCUCACAGACAAAUGGCAGCUCUGAUGCCCAAGCAGCAAGUUCUGAGCAUCCUGGAAAAGCAGAGGCAGCACCACAAAAUCUGGGAAGCAGGGGCAGUUCAGAGCACAGGAACACUGGUCUAGCUACUGAUCCAAACCCGAGUCCACGCGGUGAGCCUCCUCGCCCCGUCACUGGCCCAUCGUCUAACCUUCAGAGUGUGUUGGUCCUCAAAGGAAAAGAACCCAUAGAUGCCACCCAUUCUUUCAGAACACAGAGAGAGAGAAGCCCAGAAGGGAAGGACAGCCAGAGGAACAGCCCAGCCCAGAAAGACAAGAAAUCUGACACUUCUCCAGACGUGGCGAUGAAGCUGCAAGCUCGAAUGGAAUCUACUGCAGCAGCGCCUAUAACGAUGGCUGCUUGUGGGAGGGGUGGGGUGGUCUGCGCGGGUGCUGCAGAUCAGGAGAUCGAGAGCAAUCUCGGCCGAGGGGUCAAGAGGUUACACGGCGAGAUGGACGAUUCCAGGGCGGCUCAGAAUCUCAGGGCGGCAGCCCUGCCCAAAAGCCCGAAUCCCGGCCAAGCACAGGACCUGACGAUGCCGUCCGUCGUGAUGAGAGAAAGGGAGCUAACUCAGCAGGCUAAGGCAAACACAGGUAUGGACCAGAGGGAGGUGACCCUGCUGGUGCCUAAACAAGAGGUGGAGACUCCGGAGUAUUCUGUUGCUCAGACCACUGUAACCAGCACCCCGCAGAAAGCCCUCAAGUCACCACGCUGCUCCCCGCAUGCUACAGACCUCCUGGCACGAGCGCAUUUGGAGGCCUCCCCGUCUCCGCGGGGGGUCCGCGCUUCCGAGAGGCCUCUGCUCCUGCAGCCUCCAUUCUCAUCCAGAGCCACCGAUCGCCCGUCUGCACAUGCCCUCCUACUUCCUCGAGCCCCCCCGCCGGAGACCAAGGCCGAGGAGGACACCUCUGUGGGCUCCCACGGAGAAGCUGGGUACCCUGUCCAGGAGUUCCCCCUGCCCCUCAUUGUGCCUGGGGGCUGCCGUUCGAGUAAGAAACAUGAAGACAACAUCCUAGUGUCCUACCCCGCCAGCCCCAUCCCUUUUGGCCCCCUGGGGAAGAUGGUUGCCAAUGGGGACCUGGCUAAACUGCCCUUUUACCCUGACCCAUAUCAGCUUCUGUAUGGUCCACAGCUGCUUCCCUACCCUUACAGCCUAGCUGCUCUGCCCAUGGCCCUGAACAUGAUGGCCCCGGGGGACAAGGUGGAGCCGUUACCCUUCCUGCCCGCCCUCUUAAACUACGGCGCCAACCCUUAUGUGGGCGCAGUGCCGCACCCCCUGGUGGCCAAUCCCAGCCACUACGGCAGCAGCAGCGGCAGUGGCAAGAAGAGGGACAGCAGCAACCCAUAGGCCAGGGAUGCUCAGAGGAGGAAUAUUUAAAAAGGCGGGUGGGCUUUCUCGGUGGGGGGGCGGGGGGGGGCUUCUUUUUCCUUUGUGACUGAAUAUACUUGCUCAGUCCCUGCCUCUCUUUUGUAAAGUAGUGAUGAGACCUAGGCAAUUUUAGAGGAGGAGUAAAAGAGGCGAGGCUUUGGAGGGGGAAGUUAAAAGGGGGUGGUUGGAGGGAGGGAUAGGAUGGAGGACCUCUCCCCCCACCCCCGGUUUAUCUAGCACUUCCAGUACACCUCUCCCCUUUUAUCCUUUCUUUCUGUGGUAGUACUAGUGCUCGAUUAACUGUCCUCUCAGACUUGUUAUAAUAUUAAUAACUAUAAUAUAACAAUAAUUACAGCUAACAGGGUGUGUGUUUUGCAAAAAUUAGUUCCGUCUGCUUCCCUUUAUAGUGACCGCAAAAAGAAAAACAAAAAAAAAUCCAAAAAAAUAAAAAAAAAAACCUCACUUGAGGCUGGUAAAGUUUUAGGAGAGAAAAGGAUGAGAGGGCAUCACUGCACACGGCGGAGGUCAGAGGGCAACUGGGGCGGCGUGUUCGGUGUGUGUGUGUGUGUGUGUGUGUGUGUGUGUGUGUGUGUGUGUGUGUGUGCCCCCCCAACUUCAUUCCAAAACGCCACAGAAAAGGUAGCCCGACAGGGAGAGCCAGACAGAUGUGUCAUUUGCAGAGCAUUGGCCUGCGCCGUCGGGGGUAGAUGUACCUCUGCUUGGGGAGGGACGCUGGUUCGAGCUGAGGGUGAAGAGGUCCUCUGGUUUUACCUGUAGGGAGCUGCAGGUGCCCCCACCUUAACUUUUACUUAUAAGCUGUUAUAUUCCAGACUUGCAGCCGCGUUAAGCCCUGAAGGCUUUGCAGGGGAGCAGCUGCUUGGGGUGAGCGCACAGCACACAGAGCAGGCACUGGUUCACGUACUUCCGACUCUCGUUACUCGUCUCAUCUCUUCCUACGAUUGAAAGGGAAAAAAAAAAAUGAAAAGAAAAAAGGAGAGGAAGAAAGUGAUUUACCCUGACUUCAGUGAGCUUUUCUUUCAGUCCCCCGCGCCUCUCCGGUGCACCCCCCCCCCCCCCCCAAAGACACGUUCUGUGUGUUGGGCCUGGGGAGCAUGCGUGUGUGUGUCGCGUGUCUGUGUGUCUGUGAAGAGGGAGGGAGCGUGUGAGAGAGAGCGAGCGAGAGAGGGAAGAAUUCAGUCUGAGCCUUGCGUUAUUUCCUAGAGACACAUUUGAAGGGGUUAGGGUGGUCUGCCUUCAGUCGCAUUGCCGUAAGUAAGGACAGGAUAAUUGAAAAAAAUAUAUAUGAAACUCAUCCCCCAAAAUGAGCACAGGAAUGGGGGCAGUUUCUCUCAAGUUGUGAUAUUUGUGUCAGUAACAGCUGGGGGGGGGCAGCGGAUGGAUACGCUUCUCCCAUUUCUCCCAAAGUAGACGAGGGUUUGGUAUCAUCUGCUGCAGAUCCCAUCCCCAGCUGGGAUGGGGCAGGGCAGGGGGGGGUGUGCAGAGCAGCCAAUCACGGCGGACCUCCCGGGUCCCUCCUGGCCUCUCUUUCAUGUGUAUCUCCCUGUUUUUGUUUUUUGUUUUUUUUUUAAUACACAACCUUCCGUUUGUUUUGCGGUUUUUUUUUUUCCUUGUUACCAGACAGAGAGUUCUGUAAAAAAGGGGUUUGCAUACACAGAAAAAAAAAAUGAAUGUAAUUUAGUCACAAGGUUGAUGAAGUACAAAAAAGAAACAAAAAAAAACAAUAACAACUAAAAGUAGAUGGAUUAUGUUAUCUGACUUGAAUAAUAAUAUGUUAAAGAUCUACAGCCACUUUUGAAUGGUCUGGUAUAUAUACAGUAGUCCUGUAGGAACUUGUGUUGGGUUCUGUAUUUACAAAGCAUGAGCAAGACUUGCUUCUUUACAGUAUCAACUCUGGUAUGUCUUCACUUUCAUUUGUAUUAGUUACUACUCUCCCCUCCAUCUUUUGAUUCUUUUUUGGUCUACAUCUAUAUUUCACCCCCCCUUCCCAUAUUUGCAAAAUUUGAAACCAAAAACAAAACAAGGCUUCCAUGUCUUCAUGACCACAACGGGAGCUGUCCUUCUAAAACUCCACCCACUUUUUUUUCUCCCCCAGCACUUUACUCACCCCCCCCCUCCCCCAAACACCUUUUACGUUGCUGUGCCUGUACCAGGAGGUUAAGCCAUAGCACUCGUAUGGCUCGGGUGUGGUUACAAGCCUUUUGGUUCGUUAAAGAAAACAAAAAAAAAAAACGGUCAAAGGUCAAACAAAUCUCCCCCGAUCUGGCGAACUUUUGCACUGGUGUGACAAUUUGCACCUGUUUUUUAAAAAUUAUUUCUAAAAAAACAAAUUAAAAAACAGGACCUGUGUCUACAGCACAUUACUACUGACUUUUUCUUGCAUUUUUUUUUUGUUAACAAAUCCUAAAGAAACUCAACGUAUAUUAAUCGCACCUAUAGUUAUAUUUGUAUUUAUAGUCGUUUAUAUCCGUGUUUUGAAUAGCAUUAAGAAAACCCUCAGAAUGGCUUCAUGUUAUGGUGAUGUGAAUCGUGUGGACCUGUGAUUAUGUCUCCAGACCCGACCAGUUAUGCUGUGUGUCCACACAUUUCCCACGACGGCGACCUUCAGGGGGUUUUGCACGCACACGCCUGUUUGGCACUGUCUAGCUGAUCGGGUGACUCGUGAGGCUGAGUGUUAGAACAGGAGCACCUGAUAUUCCUGUUUGUGGGGGGGGAGAAAUUAUGUUAAGGUAAUUUUACCCUAAAUCAUGUGGCAUUCCAUUUCUGUGCUUAAGCAUCGAUGCUGACUUCAGAGGACUGUAAGAGGUUGAUAAGCGAGCUCGGGUUUGACGCGACGUGCAACUUCUCGUCUCACGGGGAAGCUCGGAGGAGUCCAAUCAGGCAGGGGAAGCUGGGAAAUCUGCACCUACGUCAUGCUCUGACACUGGUCCAAAGUCGUAGUGGAGGGAGGGAGGUAGAACAGGCCGGUUACGAAUAUGGGAUAAAGUUCAGUUCUGCCACAGGUCUGACAAAGGCUUGUACCCACAAAUGACCCUACCGAUCCCACCCUCUGUCUUUUCAUAAUUUUACUUCAUUCAUUCCUCAUUUUUUUUCCUGUUUUCUUCCUUCCCGCUACAAUCAAACAAAUAAAGUAUUAACCUGAUGACCCA